AGCAAUUUGAAGAAGUGAAACUAUGAAAGUGACGUGGAUCCGCAUCCCGCAACCACGCACAAAUUGAAGCCACCUAAACGGUGUCGGAAGUCAGACCGAGCAACUGAUUCCCGACAAAGAAAAUGAAGUUCACAGACUCCCCAGAAAUCGAGCUCCCCGUGCGCAACUCCCUCCUUUCCAUCCAGCAGGACAACGGCUCCUUCCACGUCGGCACCUCCGUGUGGCCCUGCUCCCUCGUUCUCGUCAAGUUCGCCGACCGCUGGGCCCCACCCACCUCAACCCCAAUCCCAACCUCGCCUCCAACUCCCACCAAUAAAAACCCCUACUCCGACCUCCUGGACUUCGGCGGCAAGCGCGCCGUGGAACUGGGUGCCGGAUGCGGGGCCGCCGGCAUGGGUUUCCACCUCCUGGGACUCACCGACCUGGUGCUGACCGACAUAGCCCCCGUGAUGCCCGCGCUGAAACGCAACCUCAAGCGCAACAAACCCGUCCUCGCCAAAACCCUCAAGCACUCCAUCCUCUACUGGAACAACCCCGACCAGAUCAAGUCCCUUAACCCGCCCUUCCACUACGUCAUCGCCACCGACGUCGUUUACAUCGAGGAGACCGUGGUCCCGCUCGUGUCCACCAUGGAGUCCCUUAUGGCCGACGACGGCGUCGUUUUGCUCGGCUACCAACUCAGAUCCGCGGAGGCCGACAAGCUCUUCUGGGAGCUGUGCCAGACAGUGUUUGAUAUCGAGAAGGUUCCGCACCAGGAUCUUCACCCGGACUACGCGUACGAGGAAGCCGAUGUUUAUGUUCUGAGAAAGAAGAAGAAGAAGGAGGGUUAGUAGCCCUCUGGCCGCGUUUGGAGGAAAAUAAGGAAGGACAUUGGUGUCUGGAAGAGGUCUAAAACCCGUCCGAACGAGUUUAUAGGGAGAACCCUAGAAAGGGUCCAGGUAGCUUUUUUUUGGAAUGGAUCCGAGAUGGUGGUUUGGUAGCUCAUUCGGAACAAGUCCAGACGAGGAGAAGUAUUGUGCUACUCAUCCGAGCGAGUUAGUAGUCCUGUCUGGAGGAGAAUUAUCGUGCUACUUGUCUGAGCAAGUUAGUAGUCCUGUUCGAAUGAGAUUGCGACUCUAUUUACCAUAUAAGUUAAAUAAGUAAUUUUCUAUCUGUUUUUCUUGGUUUUGAGAAGAAUUGUUAAUCUAGUUUUGUUAGUUUUGUGAUCCAACACACCCAGAGGCGGCAGCAUUGGAAUCUGUAAUUGAUUUUGCAGUUAUUUAUCCUAUUCAUACAUUUCUUUAUACA